AGUCUGCCAUUACCUUCCGGUUGCGAGAAGAGAACACACGCGGAUAUUUGAGAGUGAUAUUGUGAAAUUAUUUUUCGUGUUAUCUACUUUUGGACAAUAUUAAGUAUAUUGUAAAAAUGGCAAAUAAUGGAGCACCCGACUCUUGGGAACAACAAGCUGAUGUGGGAGGCGGUGAUUCCAGUCAGUCCUCCGAUCUGUCGGCGAAAAUUUCCACGUUGAAUGUGAACGCAGCCGAAUUUGUGCCUUCAUUCCUGCCUCAACAAACUGAACCUAUUUCGAAAAAAGAAUCUCCAGACUCCGUGGACGGGCAGGUUCCCGUAACGAAUGAUAAUGAACCUCAUGACAUGGACGUGGAUGAGCCACCUGGGGAUGGAGCACCUCCGCCUACUGCUGACAGUUGGGAAGAAGCUGCAGAUGGUGAUGGCGAGCCGCUGUUAACGCCUGAUAACGAACAAGAUGGAGAAGAAGAGGAAGAAGAUGAAUUGGAGGAAGCUGUAAUCAAACCCAAGAAAAGACCUGUCAACAAAGUUGAAGAGACGAAGAGCAAGAAGGAACAUGUUAAUGUUGUUUUUAUUGGCCAUGUUGAUGCAGGGAAAUCAACAAUUGGUGGUCAAAUUAUGAAUUUGACAGGUAUGGUUGACAAACGGACACUUGAGAAGUAUGAACGUGAAGCAAAGGAGAAAAGCAGAGAAACUUGGUAUCUUUCGUGGGCUCUUGAUACUAACCAAGAAGAACGAGAAAAGGGCAAGACUGUUGAAGUUGGCCGGGCAUAUUUUGAGACUGAAAGAAAGCACUUCACAAUACUGGAUGCACCAGGUCACAAAAGUUUUGUUCCUAACAUGAUUGGUGGAGCAGCGCAAGCAGAUUUGGCUGUGCUGGUUAUAUCAGCACGUAAAGGGGAAUUUGAAACGGGAUUUGACAGAGGGGGGCAGACGAGAGAACAUGCAAUGUUGGCUAAAACAGCUGGUGUUAAACAUUUGGUAGUGCUUGUUAAUAAAAUGGAUGACCCAACAGUUGAAUGGUCUGAAGCACGAUACAACGAAUGCCGUGAUAAAAUUUUGCCUUAUCUAAGAAAACUCGGUUUCAAUCCUCAGAAAGACCUCACAUUUAUGCCUUGUUCAGGCCUUACGGGGCUAGGCCUGAAGGAUCCAUUAGAUGAAAAAAUUUGUCCAUGGUACAGAGGUGAUGCAUUUAUACCAUUCAUUGACAAGUUACCAUCGCUCAAUCGCAAGAUGGGUGGACCUUUUGUAAUGCCUGUAGUUGAUAAGUAUAAAGACAUGGGAAUGGUUGUGAUGGGAAAAGUUGAAGCAGGAGAGGCAAAAAAAGGACAAUCAUUACUUCUGAUGCCAAACAGGACUGUAGUGCUUGUUGAUCAGAUGUGGUCAGAUGAUGAAGAAGUGACAGCUGUAGGACCUGGAGAAAAUGUCAAAAUAAAACUGAAAGGCAUUGAAGAAGACGAUGUGUCUCCAGGUUUUGUCCUUUGCGACAAUGCAAAUCCUAUAAAGACUGGCAGAGUAUUUGAUGCUCAGGUUGUUAUCCUCGAACAUAAGAGUAUAAUUUGCGCUGGCUACUCGGCAGUCAUGCAUAUCCACUGUGCAGCUGAAGAAGUUACUGUAAAAGCCUUAAUUUGUCUGGUGGACAAGAAAACUGGUGAAAAGUCGAAGACAAGGCCCCGCUUUGUGAAGCAAGACCAAGUUGCUAUUAUGAGGAUAGAAUGUGCAGGUGUUAUUUGCAUGGAACAAUUCAAACUUUUUCCCCAGAUGGGAAGGUUUACACUAAGAGAUGAAGGUAAAACUAUUGCCAUAGGUAAAGUACUGAAAGUAAUCGAAUAAAUUGUUUAAAUAUUAAAUUGAAGUUGGCUUAUUAAAGAAGAGUGAGUGUUAAGGUGGUUUUAUCUAUCUGCAACAUGACAAGAAGAGCUGAGAAGACAGUGGAAGAAAGGGCAACUAUCUGAGCAGCAAGGAUUUUCAUAACAGUGGAUUUACCAGCAUUCUACAUUGAAUUAUUGUAUACAAUCCAUAUAGUCUGAAUGCUACCUGGAUGGGUGCAAUGAAGGCUGUAUUGUUGCUUCCCUGUCAGAAACAGUGGUUACUGCAUGAAACAUUGUAGGCGGCAAUCAGACAUUUCACUUAUGAACUGAUAAUGUGAAUAAUGAAAACUGAGUGAAAUACAGAAAUAAGAACAUUCACAGGUGCUUUCUUCUAGAAGCUAGAGGUGCAAGUUAUGCAUCAGAUUUUUGCAUAUUUGGGUGAAUGGUAGUGUGUGUGUGUGUGUGUGUGUGUGUGUGUGUGUGUGUGUGUGAUACGCUGUGUAAAUGGAAUUGAAUGACAAGUUAUUUGCGAUAAUUUAGUUAAAGGGGAAGGAAUAUUGUGACAGGGAAAGACUAGGGCUCUAUUUCAAUGAUCAUUUGACACCAGUUACUCUAUUUGUUCUUUUUUUCUGUGAAACUAAUGCUUCCAUGUUCAAUAAACAGACAGAUGAAUUGCAGAUUUUGGUAUCAGACAAUAUAUAUAUAAAUAAAACUUCUAUGGCACAUAUAUUUUUCAACAUUAUUGUAUAUGGGCAAUAAAUGAAAACUUGCACGACUUGAAAUAUAAUGCCAUAUUUUGUUACAUAACUGCUCUUUAUCAAGCUUUUAUCUAGGUAUUGACUUAUACUGUUUGCUUGAAGUUUAAUUUUGAACCUUUCAGCAUGUUCACGGUAAAGUUAUGCAAUGUUUUUAAUAGCUUUUACUUAUGCACAUAGUAGAAUGGGUAUUUAAUGCAGUUUAUCUGCACAAUAUGGCCUUAUAAUCCAUGGUGAAUGACAUUAGUAAAAAAAAAAUUCUAAAGAAACUUUAUAACCUUGUGCCAGAUUUGUUGAUGCUAAUAACUUUGUAGUUAUAAACAGUUGAAA